GGAACGAGGAGUUAUUUCCAUGUCUCAUUCUAAUCUAGCACACUUUUGCGUCUGGUGAUUCAAAUCCGCCAGCAAAUUCAGUGAUACUUAUUAUCACCAAUGGCGUACGGCACGCUGAAUCAAAGUACUGACCGUGGCAUUUAUGGCCAUGGUGUGGGCAAUGGCGAGGAAGAGCCUCUUCUAGGCAACAGCAAAGCAAACGAUCGAUUUGCACGUCUUGCACGAUAUAUGAGAGACGACAUCGACAAAAAAUGGGCAGAUCUGAUCCUGCUGAUGUCAUACAUCAUCACAGGACUACUCGACAGCUCCGCCGUGUUCAUAUGGGGAUCAUUCGUGAGCAUGCAAACGGGCAACACGGUAUACCUGGGUCUGGGGCUUGUUGCUCCCAGUGAAUCAACAAGGUGGAUCAGAUCUGGCAUUUCGAUCGGAUCGUUCUGCAUGGGAUCCUUUUUCAUCAGCAGAUUUCAUCGCUACUUCUCACCGAAACGUCGAUGGGUGCUGUUGGCAUCCUUCUCCUUCCAACUCAUGUUGAUCUCGGCGGCCGCAGUCAUCGUUAUGAUCGAUCCUGAGACUGGAGGGGACCUUCGAUGGGAAGUCCUGGUUCCCUUGGCCUUGGUCGCCUUUCAAAGCAGUGGACAGGCAGUCACGAGCCGUGCUUUGCAGUAUAACGCCCUCACAAGUGUGGUAUUGACCAGUAUCUACUGUGAUCUUUUCUCGGAUCCUCUCAUCAUGGCAGGCUUGACUCAGAAUGUCGAGAGGAAUAGGAGGGCAGCAGCACCUGUCUUGCUUUUGGUGGGGGCGAUGUUUGGCGGAGUGUGGGCGCAUAGUUCCGUUGGUCUGGCAGGCGCUCUUUGGACGGCAGCGGCUCUCAAAAUUGUCAUCAUCCUCUCCUGGUGCUUUUGGAGAGGAGAAACUCAUGUUGACGACGAAGCUGAUGACUAGAGCACUGCUUGAGAAUUGUCUAUGAUGUCGGAGUUGAAAUCAAUGCCUGCUUUCAUCUGCAUGGAGUGGUAGAGUUGGCAACGACGGAGAGGAAAAUCAGUGUCACGAGGGCGGCGGAGCUUCGGUGCAUGCGCUUGGGAGACGACAUAGACGUAACGGCGG